AGAGUGCAGGGAAGAGGCUGGUGUGAAGGGCUGCAUUUCAAUGAGGGAAGGGCCAAUGCAAAUAAGUGCAAUAUAGCAGAAGAAAGCAGCUGCAAACCAGACUCCCAUCUCUAACAGGCAGCACACCACAAGACACAACAAAGGCAUCCUGCUUUCUUUAGCAGCUACAUCAUCUGUAGCCUUAAAUAUUACUUAAUAGUAGACAAAGUCGGAAGCUUCUGCACUUAUAAUAUUCAGGAUAAAUUAGAGUAUUCCUUGAGAAAUCUUAGCCUGACAGACAAGGAACCUACUAGGAUGUCUUUUGUAAAAGAUAUGGAGUUGGAGCACUUUGAUGAAAGGGAUAAAGCUCUACGAUAUGGCCGAUCAUCUCGGGUAAAUGGUUUACCUAGUCCGACCCACAGUGCCCACUGUAGCUUUUACAGAACCCGCACUUUGCAAACACUAAGCUCUGAGAAAAAAGCAAAGAAGGUUAGAUUCUACCGAAAUGGAGACAGGUAUUUCAAAGGAAUUGUAUACGCCAUCUCUCCAGACCGGUUUCGGUCGUUUGAAGCACUGCUGGCUGAUCUGACUCGAACUCUGUCUGAUAAUGUGAAUCUACCACAGGGAGUAAGGACCAUCUACACCAUAGAUGGUAACAGGAAGAUAAGCAGCCUUGACACGCUGGUAGAAGGAGAGAGCUAUGUUUGUGGAUCAAUCGAACCAUUUAAAAAACUUGAGUACACUAAGAAUGUAAACCCCAACUGGUCAGUGAAUGUAAAAACCACUGCUGCAGUUCGUGCACCCGUAUCUCUUGGUAGUGCCAAAACGGCCCCCAUAGAAUCAAAGGAAAGCAAAGAUUUUAUCCGACCUAAGCUAGUCACUAUCAUCAGGAGUGGUGUAAAACCUCGUAAGGCUGUCAGGAUUCUCCUUAAUAAGAAAACCGCACAUUCCUUUGAGCAGGUUCUCACAGAUAUUACUGAUGCAAUUAAACUCGAUUCGGGUGUGGUGAAACGAUUGUAUACACUAGACGGAAAACAGGUUUUGUGCCUUCAAGAUUUCUUUGGUGAAGAUGACAUUUUUAUUGCCUGUGGUCCAGAGAAGUUUCGGUAUCAGGAUGACUUCCUUCUGGAUGAAAGUGAAUGUCGAGUGGUGAAAUCCACAUCAUACACUAAAAUUGCCACUACAUCUCGCAGGAGUGCCACAAAGAGUCCAGGCCCGUCGAGGCGCAGCAAAUCUCCGGCCUCCACAAGCUCAGUCAAUGGGACCCCAGGAAGCCAGCUGUCUACGCCUCGUUCUGGAAAAUCACCAAGCCCCUCUCCAACCAGCCCGGGAAGCCUGCGUAAACAGCGGGGCUCUCAGCACAGUGGUUCCUCAACAUCAUUAGCGUCUACCAAAGUAUGCAGCUCCAUGGAUGAAAAUGAUGGGCCAGGCAAUGAAGAAGUGAUAGAAGAUAAUUUCCAGGUCCCGGCCUCUAUAGCAGAACGAUAUAAAGUCGGGAGAAUAAUAGGAGAUGGAAAUUUUGCCUUUGUAAAAGAAUGCAUAGAAAGGUCGACAGGUAGAGAAUAUGCCUUGAAAAUUAUCAAUAAAAGCAAGUGCAGAGGAAAAGAACAUAUGAUACAGAAUGAAGUAUCAAUCCUAAGAAGGGUAAAACAUCCAAAUAUUGUCCUUUUGAUUGAAGAGAUGGACACCCCAACUGAACUAUACCUGGUCAUGGAGCUAGUUAAGGGAGGUGACCUUUUUGAUGCUAUAACAUCUACCAACAAGUACACAGAACGGGACGCCAGUGGAAUGUUAUACAAUCUGACCAGCGCUAUUAAAUACUUACACAGUCUAAACAUUGUUCACAGAGACAUCAAACCAGAGAACCUCCUGGUUUAUGAACAUCAGGAUGGCAGCAAGUCCCUAAAGCUGGGAGAUUUUGGUUUAGCUACAAUAGUAGAUGGGCCUCUCUAUACCGUCUGCGGAACUCCAACAUAUGUGGCCCCUGAGAUUAUAGCAGAGACAGGAUAUGGCCUAAAGGUGGAUAUUUGGGCUGCUGGUGUGAUAACGUACAUCCUACUGUGUGGGUUUCCACCAUUCCGGGGAAGUGGAGAUGACCAGGAAGUAUUAUUUGACCAGAUUAUGCUUGGCCGUGUGGAUUUUCCAUCUCCAUACUGGGACAAUGUUUCAGAGUCUGCAAAGGAGUUGAUCACCAUGAUGCUUCAGGUUGAUGUGAACCAGCGGUUCUCUGCCUUGCAAGUGCUCGAACAUCCCUGGGUAAAUGAUGAUGGACUGCCAGAGAAUGAACACCAGCUCUCCGUGGCAGGGAAGAUAAAGAAGCAUUUCAACACAGGACCUAAAACCAAUAUCACAGCAGCUGGAGUUUCUGUUUUAGCAACCACCGCUCUUGAUAAGGAGAGGCAGAUUUUCAGACGAAGACGCAACCAGGAUGUGAGGAGUUCCUAUAUGGCACAACGCGCACCACCAGAACUUAACUCAGAAUCAGAAGAUUAUUCACCAAGCUCAUCGGAGACUGUUCGCUCACCUAAUUCGCCCUUUUAAUGGGUCACCUUGGUUAUCGAUAAAUCUUGGCUUAACCUUUUGAGCACCGAAUGUCCAUGGCACCAGCUGCAAAAAUGGUUAAAUAACAGCGGGAUUCAUAACAUUCUUGAAAACGUAAAAAGGAAAUCUAUUUGGAUAGGAUGCCUCUAGAAUUAUUCAACUCUAAUUGUAAAAGGACGUUCACUUUGCUUUCCAGAUAGCAAAAUGCUGCUUUUGUUUGUUCUCAAAGGGUUAAGGCAAUUUUCUAAAUUAUUUUUUAAAUAGAAAUAAUGAAUGUUUUGUCAGUCACGCUAGGAAAGCACUGCAAUAUGUAAGUCUAGGAAGAGUUAACCCUCUGAGUGCCAAGUAAUAUUUCAGCAAUGAUGCACAGUUUCCAUGGCAGAAAAAUAAAUAAAUAAAUAAAUCAGCAGGGGUAAAGCUCAAUGAAGAAAGAGCUCUUUUCUGUAGUUUAAGAAAGUAGAUCUACCCCCCCCCCCCCGGCUAUAUUCAUCUCUAUCCUGUUUUUUAUGUAGAAGUUACCCAAUGGUCAUGAAACAGAGGGGUGAUACUGAUGAAAUAACUGUAUGAGCUUAUAUGAGAAAGGAACGAACUUCACAAAGAACUUUGUUCCAUCUUAGUUAGAAGCAAUCUGGAUCAGAGAAGAGUCAGAAGUUGGAAUUUGUAGCACAAUUUGGCAGAUGAUAAAAUCAUGUUUCAGAAAAUUGGCAUUGCCAGAAGGAAGCCCCUUACUAAAAUUUUUGAAUAUUCAGGCGUACAGAAUAAAGGUCUGAAGUAUGUAACAAAUUGUAUGUCAGCAAGCGUCAUUACAGCAGUAUGCAUCACAUUUUGGUAACAGCACCCUGAGUGAGAGUACAAGCAGAUGAGAGAAAGUUAAUGUUAUCCUAUCUAGUGCCAUGUCUAAUUGUCUCUCAAUCUACUUGUGACUUUACCUAAGGAGACUGCUGACCUGGUUUGGCAAUUUAGCUGUGAAAAAAAAAUAUUCCUUUGUAGAAUCACAGCUACGUUAGAAAUUCGGUAACGUGUAACAAAAAUAGCUACUGUCGUUUAUAGUGCUGAAAGUCACACUGUGAAAUUAUGUAUCAAAAGGGAAACUUACCUGGAAGUUAGCAUCUAACAUUAGCUAAUAUCUGUAUUUCAAACCAAUAUGUUUAGUGUAAUUGCACUUUACUUCUUGGAUAUGAUGUCUUCACAAGGCCAUAUGACAUGACUGAAUUGGUACUGCUAUUAAAAUUAAAUAAAAAGAAGAGGAUAAAGAAGAGAUAUGUAUAUCAUCCAGUGAGGAUCCUCUGUUCAAAGUGAUAUACACCAUGGGUUCUGUUCAUGUUGUGAUAAUAACGCUUUCUCCAGCUCAUAUUUAUUGGCAUUAUCUUGGUUUGCUGCUUCGAACUGUUAGAUGCAGUUAACCAUUAACAACAAUAUAGCAUUUCCUGUUCAUUCAUGCUUCUAUUAACCAGUCCAUCACUAGCAAUGGGCAAAAAGCAAACAUGUGACAUGGAAACAAAGUACUGUUGUUAUGAAUGUCUGUUCUUGUUUUGGUGCAGUAAAUGCAGCCAUCCUGACCCACCAUGUGAAUUUGUGCUUAUGUGGCAUACACACAUACACAUAUGCACACAUUGCCAUGCAUGCAUGUGAUGUGUGUAUACUUUCACAUGUUAAGAGUCUUUGACCUGUACUAUUUUUGUAUGUCCACUUAAGUUAUCUCAAAGAUGAAUUUCAUUUUGUUGCUGAAAGACUUAUGUCUACUUCAAUUUCCAACACCCAACUUAUCGAAUGUAACUAGACUGCCCCCAAUUUACCACUGGGGCUUACACUAACUUGCAUGAUCCUUCAAAUUUAUAUUUUUGCUAAAAGGCUGCACCCUACAAUGUGGGAGUUUAUGCAUUCAUCCCCAUUCUGUGAAUAUACUGCCUCCAGGAUUGCACCAGCUUGAAGGAAAGGGAAACGCAGUGUAUAUAUGUCAGUGAGACCUUGAAGGUGGUAUACGCGUACAUUCGGGUUGUAACCCCUCCACACAUCGGGGGGUGAUGAGGGCAUCUCCCCUGGAAAAAAACAUUAAUUUUGAUAUUUUUAAUUUAUUUACCACUGUCAAAUGGGAACAUCAGAACAAUGUGAUUGGUGAUCUGGUCAUUUAUGGCAUGUUGAGGUGAACCUAAAGACUUCAAUGUCAUUUUUGGAUUGUAAAUUCCACAUAUUACAAAAUGUGCAACAAACAUGGAGUUGUUGAGUGUAUUACACUGCAGUCUGUGUGCACAAAAAUCCACAAGAGGUCUUUCUAAUGCAAUAAGCACAUCUUAUGGCCACCAUCUUAUUUAUUCUGUAUCAUAUUUAUUACUGAUUUUCUUAUGUAUAUUGUUAUUUAUUAAUACUGAUUUUAAGUGCAUUAGUUAAUUUUGAAAUGAAAAACAUACUGCCAUAUUUUUAUAUUUGUCUCAGAGGGUGAAUUUUCAUUUCCCUGUAGGUGUGUGAGUUUGUUAUAUGCACUAGAGAUAAACUAUUUGUACUUUUCUUUACAAAGGACAACUUGCACACAUACAUUAUUACUUUAACCUUUUAUUAUACCUCUAGAUUUAAUGAGACAGAUAUACAAAUAUGGUUCUAACAGUGAGACUUAAACAUAACUUUAUUUUCUCUUUGAAUACUACCAUUUAAAAUGAAAGUAUAUUUUGUAGUCUUUUUAUCAUUCAGUGAUUUCUACGGUAUUUUCUCUUUCUUGACUACCAGAUAUUUAAAUAGACCAUUAACUAUGGCAAGAAACAUCUUUUCUCAGUCAUUGAUGUAUGAGUUUGCUCAAUAUUACUAUUAAGCAGCUUGCAGUCCACAUGACAUAACUGGAAUUUCUGGUUUGCUCUGAAAUACAAAAUGUAAUUUGCAUAGUAUUUUCCAUUUUCUUGUAUUAAAAUGUACUGAAAGAAUUGUCCCAGCUAUUCAGGUCCAUGCAAAACAGAAUACAACAUAUAUGCAGUCAAAUGUGUAACAUUGAUGUGUACUCUUGCUGUAACAGAUAUGAUUUUACUGCACUUGGCACGCAUACUAAAAUGACACAGAAUGACAAUAUAGCAUUCAGAGGGUUAACUGAAAAAACAUAUGGCAUUCCAAUAAUAUUGGUGUAUCCAAAUGCUUAGCUUUUUAGCCAGUGUUUGCUCAUUUACUGAAAAUUCUUGAAAAAAUAACAUUUUGCAUUUGAGAUCUUCUACAUGUGAUUGUUCAAGCAGUUUCUAUAACCAAAUUAAUCUUAUUUUUUAGUUCUUAAAUUAAUGAAAACUUGCAAUAUUAAUGCUGUGUAAGUUAACAGUACAAAAUGAUCUUAAUUCUAAAAUCCCAUUCAGUAUUUUUUGGAGACGAAUGCUUUAUAUAAAGUAUAAAUUAGGUGGCAGUGAUGAGAGAAAAUCCUUAUAGCUAUUAAAUGAACAGUGCUCCAAUGGUUGACCAGAAUGUGCAAACUCCAAAUUUUUCUUUCGGUAGUGCAUUAAGGAAUUUGAGUAAGUACAUUAUAAUAUUUAUAGUAAUUCAGUGAAAGUUGUUGAAAAUGAAUUUGGUUCUAAUUAAUGGACUUAAUUCAUGCUGUUGUAGCACAGAUGGUCGAACUGUGGCAUUUAACAAGAUGGAGUUUGGUUUAGACUGUUCGGACAAACACCAAGACUUUUGAAUGAAAUGCCAUUGUUUUACAGUAGCCCUUGUCUAAAUAUGGUGCAUACUACAACAAACAAGCCAAACCUGUGAAUAAACAAUUCACUGAACGUA